GCUACCAGAGGCUAAUAUUGUCAACACAAGUCACAGAGCGGCACUACAACACGCAAACGCAACAUCUUGGGGAUUUUUUGUCUCUCAAGAUUCGUCAUUUGGUAAUCAAAUCCUUCCUGUAUUACCAAGAUUUGAAAGCAAAUAGAAUGUCAUCAAUCAUGAAACUGAAGACUCUUGAGGGUCACCUCGGCAGCAUCUCUAGUUUUUCUAAGCCUAAAAUACAGCUGGAACAGUAUGAGACACCAGCUCAUAUUGCAGCUGUAGCUCUUUAUACUAUACAGACUCAAUAUUCUUCAAUAGAAGACAAAUUGGUAUUGGAUGCAGGUUGUGGACCUGGAAUGCUCACUGUUGGUGCUGCACUCCUCGGAGCGGGGACUGUAGUAGGCGUUGAUAUUGACGACAGUGCUAUGGAAGUGUUGAAAGAUAACAUUGAAGAUAUGGAACUCGCAAAUAUUGAUGCUGUUCUAUGUGACUUUUUGAGUCCUAAUUUAUUAAAGUGGAAUAAUUACUUUGAUACCAUUCUCAUGAAUCCACCAUUUGGAACCAAAAAUAAUGUUGGCAUUGAUAUGAAAUUUCUCAAAAUGGGACUUGACCUUACAAGUGAUAGCGUUUUCUCACUACACAAAAGCUCGACAAGGUUACACAUACAAAAGAAAGUCAAGGAAUGGGAUGCAAAGGGUACUGUGAUAGCUGAACUAAAAUAUAACCUUCCGGCCACAUACAAGUUUCACAAACAGCAAACAAGGGAUAUUGCUGUUGAUUUAUGGAGAAUACAACAUUUGGUUACUUAGGUCAAUAAUGCACUAUCAUCAAAUGUAAAUAUUUCCAAAUCAAUUAUAAUCUAACAUGUACACUGUAAGGAACUUCACAAAUAAAGUAUUUAAUUUC